AUGCUGCCAGAGACUGUCGCCGAAGAUUCCACCGGCACUAUGGUACUGGACUCAGAAGACAUCUUCCCUGACGAACUAUCAGGACCUCCAGAAAAUAUCAAGUUCCCUACUUAUAUCAGUGCAUUUAGGGAACCUGCCGUCUCGUCUGAUCUCCCACCAUUAGAGGUCAAAAACACCACCGCACCAAGCACCUCAACUGAUUCCACGAGUCGCAUAGCCAAUACCAAACAUAAAGCCCAUAACCAAACGCCACAGCGGUCAAGCCCCAGGACCGUUUCACAACAAGAUCUUUCUCUGAUCACUGGCGUACUCUCUCCAUCGCCCUCGUCAACUCCUACCACCAAGAAAAGUGGAACCUCAUCUACUGAUUCUCAAACAAUCAAGGGCCGCAAAGCUGCCAAACGGGCAUCCCAUAAUAUCAUUGAGAAGCGGUACCGCACCAACAUGAAUGCCAAGUUUACCACCCUAGAAAAGGUCGUCACUAGUUGUCGGAACAAACAGAAGGUCUCCAAUAACAGGCCGUGCUCGAUGAAGAAGUGUGAAAUCCUCACUAGCGCAAUUAAGUGUAUUCAGAACCUGGAGGAUCGGAAUGCUGCUCUGAGUGAGGACGUGGCGUUCCUAAGGGAGCAGCAUCAUCUGCUUGGUGCGAUCUGA